AUGGAUGAGCCGCCCCCCAAACGUCGUCGUUCCAGCAAUGCUCGCAUCCGCGUCACUCGAGCCUGCGAUGUCUGCAAGAGAAAGAAACUGCGCUGUUCAGGGACGAUCCCCUGCGCGCCGUGUCUGCGAUCGCACGACUGCUGCCAGUACAACGCGGGCUACACGCGGGGCAAACUGCCUGCGAUCCCCCCGCUGAAUCCCUCCCAGCCUCUCCCUCUGCAAUCUCCCCCCAACACUGACGUCGAGGCGGAAUCCAGCAUCGUCAACAUCGACACAGCCAGGUCGGAUUGUAUUUCUGAGCAUCCAGAUCCAGAAACGGAGAUCCAGAACGAAGAAGAACCACGGCAGUUCUCAUCUAGUCACUCGCCUGAGCCCGCUCAGACAGACCAAGAAGGCCACUAUGUUGGUCCGGCGUCUGGUGCGUCAUUUCUGAUUCGAGUCCAGAAACGACUCCAUGAGAAUGUGACUUUCUCUGAAGACACGCCCAUCUUCAACUUUGGGGAUGCCCCGUUGUCGGAAUAUGGAGAUGCGUCGAUGCUUGUCCUGCCACCCAAGGAUGAAGCUGAUGCCCUUGUCGACCGGUAUUUUGACUUUGCUUUUCCCACGCAUCGGUUUCUGCAUCAGCCUACCGUGAAGGCGUGGCUGGAUGGGAUGUAUGCGAGUGUGUAUCGACGUGGUGCUGGAUCGCUAGAGCGAGGGGCUCGAGAGACAAGGGCGUUGUUGCUUAUGGUCAUGGCGCAGGCCAAACAAUACCUUCUUGAUAAUGAUGCGAUAGGUGGAUAUCAAUCUACAUGUAGUACUAUUUACUUUGGCGCUUCUGAAUCCCAUCUCGCAGCCGAAACCGGUCCGGUACGGUUAACCAGUAUACAAGCACGUCUGAUGCAGUGUUUCUAUCUUUUAUCAGAGUCACGAAUCAACCAUUGCUGGAGUUUGUUUGGCACUACAGCUCGAUUGGCCCUGGCUAUAGGGCUUCAUCGACGACGGAGACGGGAGAGGGGAGUGGAUUAUAUCGAGCAAGAGUGUCGGAAGAGGGUAUUCUGGUGUGCAUACAGUCUGGAUAAUUAUCUGAGUGCAGCGCUGGGACGACCGAAGAUCUUUCACGAUGAAGAUAUUGAUCAGGAACUCCCGGUUUGUGCCAAUGACAGCCAGAUUAUGCAAAGUCGCAUUCUUCCUAGGACAUCUAAAGGGCAAAGUAUCAUGCUUGCUCCGGUGUAUCACGCCAAACUUUCCAAAAUAAUCAGCGGAAUCCUCAAAGAUCUCUACGGCAUCCGUGUUGGCAGUCUUGAAUCCCAAGUCCAAGCAACCGAGCGACACGAAUCCGAACUCGAGGAAUGGCGAAAAGGCAUUGCUUCGUUUCUGGAUGUGGCCAAUACUGAUGUACUCAUGGUGGUGUAUCAACGACAACACACGGUCCUGAGUUUAGCAUUUGCACAUGCAAAAAUUCUACUACAUCGGCCUUUUCUAUUCCGCAUUCUUGCAUCGUUAUCAUCUGGGAGAUCUGCUGAUAUACAGACUGCUGUCCGUACCGGCGUUGAGCGGUGCUUGGAGGCUGCAUCGAGGGUUGUUGCGAUAUUUAGAGAAUUGUGUGCUAAUAAACGGAUGUAUCCGUCUUUUUGGGUAUUCUCUCCAUUCCCUCUGUCUAAUUUCACACAUUACUAUGUCUUCUCCGCCAUCGUCGUCCUCUACGUCCACGUCAUCUGCAGCCAGUCCGACUCCUCCGACAACUGGCACCACUAUCUCGAGUCCGGAGAACAAGCUCAACAGGAGCUCUCAACAUGCGGAACCAACUCAUCAUUCGCCCAUCGCUACGUUGUCGUCCUGGAAGAACUGCGACGGGAAGCGCUCAAAGCCGUACGCCAGAAAUCGGGAGCAGCGCUACCAAAAGAAUCACCAUUACCUACUCAAGACUCACCAUGCCAUUGUCGAGAGGAUCGUGCUAUCGAUCAGGGGAAUAUGCGGUUGGAUCAGCUGUUUGGGAUUGAGAACGUGGGAUCGUUGCAGGAGUGGAUGGAUGGGUUGAUGGAUGGGAGUCCGAGGGAAUUGGCUGGAUGGGGGGAAUUUGAUUCUCUGGCUGGAUUGGGGUCUUCAGCUAUUUGA